AUGGUCGACAACGAGCUGGUUGCAGAGCUAGGCGUACAAGGAGUACGUCGUCAGCUGAACGUUCAAUGGUUCGGAGGCAGGGCCACAAGAGAGCCUACUAACGUGGUACGUCUGGAGAUCAGUGGAGCAGGCAAGUCCUCCCGACAUGUGCUGAGAAACGUCUAUGCCAUUUCGAACUUGAGUCUGCCGAUGCAGAGCCUGCACAGAAGGGAUGUUAGGAGCGUGAACAAGGACGCUCGAUUACCAAUGAAGCCCUACGUAAAUGCAGUGCCGAAGCUGCUUAUUGGUGUGGACCAUGGGCAUCUAGGAUUGCCGUUGAAAACGAGACGGUUUGCCAGCGAGGGACCGUACGCGGCCGCAACCGAACUAGGAUGGGUUGUUUUUGGGCCUGUAGAAGGACGACGAGACACGCCAUCACCGAGGUCUUGUCUGCUAGCCACGUCGUUGGAUGAUAACGUGGAACGAAUCGUCGAGGACUACUUCGAGAUCGAGAACUUCGGUGUGAAGGCGGCGCCAGCGGCCGCAGCCAGCGACGACGUGAGGGCUCAGAAGAUCUUGGAGGAUACUACGGUGCGAGUUGGCCGCCGAUACCAGACGGGAUUAUUGUGGAAAACGGAUAACGUUGUGCUGCCACGUAGUUAUGAUAUGGCGUACAAUAGAUUGGUCAACAUCGAGAAGAAAAUAAAGCGAGAUGGGCAGUUCGCCCAAGAAUAUUCACGGAUUGUCAAUGAUUAUGUCGACAAGGGAUACGCUCGGCGUCUGGAACGACAGGAGAUCGAUUCGAAGCGGGAAGGUGCCGUCGGAGUCUGCAACGACAUUAAGGAGAUGUUUCACCAGGUGCUGAUCCGACCCGAGGAUAGAUGUGCGCAACGAUUUUUGUGGAGAGAUGGGAAUGACCAACGGGACCCCGACGUCUACGAGAUAGCAGUCAAGGCCAUCGUGGACUACCACUACGUGGAUGAUUAUGUGGACAGCUUCGCUACAGAGAGCGAAGCGAUCGAAGUAUCUAGCAGACUGAAGAAGAUACAUGCAGAAGGCGGGUUUGAACUUUGCAAGUUCUCGUCCAGUUCGCCUACAGUGGAGAGGAUGCUUGGACCCAGUGAUCACGCCCAGAGUAUUGAAUGGGGUGAGGCAGAGCAAAAGAUUUUGGGAAUGCGGUGGCAGCCAGCCACGGACGACUUCAGGUUUCGAGUGAAGUACCACAAAGUCGCCCCCCUCGUGUCCGAUGGGAAGAGGAUUGCCACGAAAAGGGAAUUCUUGAGUAUGGUCAUGUCAACGUUCGACCCCUUGGGAUUCCUGUGUUGUUUAAUGAUAACAGCGAAGUUGUUGCUGCGAGAGGUCUGGAGGAGGAAGAUCUCAUGGGAUGAACCACUACCGGCUGAGAUGUACAACGCCUUUAUGGAUUGGCGAAAAGAGAUGGAGAAAGUGGAACGUUUUCGGUGCCCACGUCACUACUUUGGAUCCCGGCUGGUGAAGACUGUCGAGAUGCACGUAUUUGUGGAUGCGAGUCAGUCGGCAUUCGCAUCAGUGGUCUACUGGAGGAUCACGUACGAGGACGGCGACGUGCAAGUGAGGUUCGUGUGCGCAAAGACGAAGUGUGCACCGAUGCGAACGAUGACGAUUCCACGGUUGGAGCUGCAGGCAGCAGUUCUAGGAACGAGGUUGAUGGAUACAGUCAGACAGGACCAUAGUGUGGCCAUUGCAGAGACUGUGCUAUGGACGGAUUCGAAGACAGUGCUGCGUUGGAUUGGCAGCACACACCGGCGCUACAAGCAGUUCGUAGGGGACAGAAUAGCCGAGAUUCUGGAGUCGACGAAGGUGGCCCAAUGGAGAUGGCUACCAUCCGCCGACAACGUUGCAGAUGAUGCAACUCGAGCGCAACGCAGCGUGGACCUAAGCGAGGAGUCACGCUGGUUAAGAGGACCGGCAUUCCUGAGGAGACCAGCGGGCAGCUGGCCAGGAACUGCACCCACCGACGAAGCGGAUGCAGAAGACGAAGAGGAGAUGCCGAGUGAGUUUGUUCUUGUUGGAGCGAGUGACCCGUUCAUAUCGCUGGAGAGAUUCUCAAGCUACAGGCGAUUGCUGAGGACUACGGCCUGGGUCCUAAGGUUCAUACGUCGAUGCCGUGGACAACGAGAUGAGCUGGAGAACUACGGCCUCAAUGUAGCUGAGUGUGAAGCAGCUGAGGACUUGUUAUUCCGUAGAGCACAACGUGAGGCGUUCCCCGAUGAGGUGCAGGCCGCAGAGAAGGACUUGGAUGUCGCUAAAGGAAGCGACAUAUGUGGACUGGCGCCAUACCUAGAUGGCAAUGGAAUCCUGCGAGCGUAUGGCAGGAUCGAUGCGGCGCUAUGUAUACCUUACAGCGACGGGAGGCCAGUGAUCCUCUCCCACCGGCAUGGUCUUACGGAGAUGAUUGUGCGCGACGCCCAUGUGAGGAUAAAGCAUCAAAACGUGGAUGCUACGAUGGCGGAGAUCCGGACCAGGUUCUGGAUUACGAGACUGCGGAGAGUGCUUCGUAGUGUGAUCUCGGGAUGCAGCGAGUGUAAGCUGCACAGAGCACGGCCGAUGCCGCCGAUUAUGGGACCCCUGCCACAUGAUCGUUUGGACGCCUAUGGCUGGCCGUUUAAGAGCACAGGCCUCGACUACUUUGGGCCGCUGCUGGUGACCGUUGCUCGGCACCAAGAGAAACGGUGGGUGGCCUUGUUUACCUGCCUGACGACCAGGGCGAUUCAUCUGGAACUGGCACAUGACCUGUCGACUGAUUCCUGCAUACUUGCAAUCAGGAAUUUCAUCUGCCGUCGAGGGCCUGUACAUAGACUGCGCAGCGACAAUGGCAGGAACUUCGUUGGAGCAGACAGAGAGGCCAAGAGAUUUGCAGAGAUCUUCGAACCCGAGAGGAUCCAGUCGGAGCUGUCAAGCAAGGGAAUUGAAUGGAUCUUCAACUGCCCAGCGAACCCAUCAGAGGGUGGAGUCUGGGAGCGAAUGGUGCAGUGCGUGAAGAGGGUGCUACGCCACACAGUGAAGGAAGUGGCGCCGAAGGAGCACGUCCUGGAGAGUUUCCUGAUAGAGGCGGAGAAUGUCGUUAACUCUCGUCCACUCACCCAUUUGCCAGUGAGUGGGGACCAGGAAGCCCCUCUCACGCCCAACGAUCUCCUCAAGGGAGCAGCUUGCCCACCGGAUACCCCCGGCCUGGAUGGAGGCCUCAUCAAGGAAGGAGCUACGCGGAAGCAGUGGCGCGUGGCAAGGAUGUUGAGAGACCGAUUCUGGAGGAGAGAGAAGCCGAUUCAACGAGGAGACAUUGUCUUCGUUUGCGAUCCAGCCAUUCCGCGUCGAGACUGGCGGAAAGGCGUCGUGGAGGAGACCUUUGCUGGAACGGAUGGUGAGGUCAGACGAGCCUGCGUUAGGAUCAUGGAUGGAGAUCGGACCCGCUGGAUAAUGCGCCCCGCUUCAAAGUUGGCGGCUAUGGAUUUGAGUGAAGAAGUUCUUCACGAAGAUAUAAAAGCAAGUUUCACCCAAAUCGAUUACGAGACGAAGCUGCUUGAGGCUGCCAUCCCUGAGCUAAAGAAACACAUCCAGAAGGGAUUUGACAUUGUCAAUGCCUAUGCGCGGGUGAACUAA